CUGUAGCGGGCUGCGGAGUGUUGGACUGACCUGAGGACGGAUUUAACGAGAGACACUGUGGACGUUAUCUCAGCACGGGUUGUUUGCUAUUAUCCUUUCUCCUUUAUCUCGGCGUAGCCUCUUCGGGGGUUAAAUAAGGAGGCAUCCUGGAAGCACCCGGAGAACCGCGGAUAUCUACGCGGCAUGGAUGCUUCGUGGCCCGCGGCAGGUGUGAAGAGAUGCCGGGGGAGCCGCCGGCGGGCACCGGCCGGGUGGUGCUGGUGAAGAAGAUCGUCAUGAAGGACGGAGCUGCGCUCCAGCAGGGUAUCGGCAGGCCCAGCGUGUAUCAUGCGGUGGUAGUGAUCUUCCUGGAGUUCUUCGCCUGGGGAUUACUCACCACGCCCAUGCUAACUGUUUUACAUGAAACAUUUCCCCAGCACACCUUCCUGAUGAACGGACUCAUUCAGGGUGUGAAGGGUCUGCUGUCAUUCAUGUCUGCUCCUCUGAUCGGCGCGUUGUCGGACGUGUGGGGGAGGCGGUCCUUCCUGUUGGUCACUGUCUUCUUCACCUGCGCCCCUAUCCCUCUGAUGAGGCUCAGCCCCUGGUGGUACUUCGCCAUGAUCUCCAUGUCUGGAGCUUUUUCUGUCACCUUCUCAGUCAUCUUCGCCUACGUCGCUGAUGUGACGGAUGAAAGAGAGAGGAGUACAGCAUACGGUCUGGUGUCGGCUACGUUCGCAGCCAGCCUCGUGACGAGUCCAGCCAUCGGGGCGUACCUGUCGGCCUGGUAUGGAGACAACCUGGUGGUUCUGUUGGCCACACUGAUCGCUCUGGCCGACAUCUGCUUCAUCCUGCUGGCUGUGCCCGAGUCUCUGCCGGACAAGAUGAGGCUGAACACCUGGGGGGCGCCUAUAUCCUGGGAACAGGCCGACCCAUUCACUUCUCUGAGGAAGGUGGGUCAGGACUCCACGGUCUUACUGAUCUGCAUCACUGUGUUCCUGUCUUACCUGCCAGAGGCCGGACAGUACUCCAGUUUCUUCCUCUACCUGAGACAGGUUAUAAAUUUCUCCUCCACAACCAUCGCUGUCUUUAUUGGAGUAGUGGGAAUUCUGUCUAUUGUAGCACAGACUCUUUUACUCACUCUGCUGAUGAGGACUCUGGGUAAUAAAAACACUGUUCUGUUGGGUUUGGGCUUCCAGAUCCUUCAGCUGGCCUGGUACGGCUUCGGAUCAGAGCCAUGGAUGAUGUGGGCGGCUGGUGCUGUGGCAGCGAUGUCCUCCAUCACCUUCCCAGCUGUCUCUGCUCUGGUGUCACAGUCUGCUGAUCCUGAUAAACAAGGUGUGGUCCAGGGGAUGAUAACAGGGAUCAGAGGUCUGUGUAAUGGUCUGGGUCCAGCUCUGUACGGAUUUAUCUUCUUCCUCUUCAACGUUGAGCUCAACAGCAUGGACCCCAUCCAGGGAGACUUUAACAUUGACCCCCUGCCUCUGCACAGUCCCACAGAGCGAGCGCUCAUCCCUGGCCCACCCUUCCUGCUGGGGGCGUGUACCGUGGUAGUUGCCUUUGUCGUUGCGCUCUUCAUCCCUGAGAAACCCUCCUGCUCCUCCUCUUCCUCCCAGCUGUCCCUCAGCGACAAGCCCCACCCAGACAGCAAAGAGUCCAUGUCCUCGCUAGCAGGCGUCCACAUCAACACGCCCCUCCCAGGCAGCGACGAGGAGACCCCUCCCACUGCCAGCGACGAGGACUUUGAGCCGCUGCUGCAGGACAGUAUCGUUUGAUGGACAGUUGGAAGGACCACAGAGGGUGGGGCUUCCAAAGUGGUUUGAUUGAUUGACAUUUUGUUACAAAAAGAAACGGUAACACAUUUUCUUUGCCGCAGGGCGGGACUAAGUGUACUUUUAUUGUCAGAAGAUUGCUAUUGAUACCAAGAAGCUCCAAUAGCAUUGUUUCUUUGCCAGAAGGCGGUAUUUGCGUAUUACUUCACCGACCAGGAGCAGAGGCAGUAACAUCUUCUGAGCGACCAAUAAGGAUGUUUCUUUUACAAGGAGGCGGGAGCUAAGAGCUGCAAAUAAGAUGUCAUUUGCUCAAUUUGACAGAAGAGACGGAGACGAUUAUUUGACUGACAGAGAGACGGUGGAGCCAACAGGGACCACACAGUUUAAAUGGAAACCAUCGUUUGAUUGACAGGAGGAGGGGCCAACUGCGAUUUUUUAUGCAUUGGGCUAGCCCAGUUUUGGAAUACGCCCAAAUAAAGUCCCCAGAAAGUAAAGUAUUUUUGAGGUUUUAAUGGAAGGAUUUUUUUUCAUCUUUAAGCUUGAAGUUGUUGAUUGUUUUUGUGAUAAACAAAGAAAGGUGUUUUUACCUUCAGCUGUAUCAUUUUGAAGCCGUAUUUUUAUGCUGUGAUUAUUUCUUAUUGGUUAUUGUACAAAAGAAACAUGUCUGCAACAUAUUUACAGCAGCCAAAACAUCAGUGUUUUUUUGUUGAAGAAGAACCGUUUUUUUGUUACAGUGUUUUUCUUUUUGGCAGGGUUAAGGGAUUUUUAUUCUUUCUAAGUGUACAGUAUCUAACCUGCUACCAGCUAACGAUCGCUAACAAAGUUCGAAUGUGAUGAGCUGAGAGAUGAGUCAGCCACCUAAAAUGUCCAAAUAUCAAUUGUACUUGUCAUUUCUAUGGCCAAGAUUUUAACUUCCAUUAUCCAAGAUAGACAAGAUAGAAGGAAAUGCUCUAGGCAAUGCAUUGCUAACAGGCCCACACAUAGGUUUAUUGUAUAUAUUUUAGAAAAUUAUUAAUAAUGAGAGUAAAAUAACCAAACACCUCACUGGAUAGUUUUUAAUUUGACCGGGUAGUGUCCCCGUUUGUCACUCUACCUCAGAUCAGCGUGUUUUUAAAUCAACCUGGAUUUACUCAUUCUGUCACAUCUGUUUUAUUUUUAUAUCAAAGUCACUUUAUGAAAGUGCUGCUGGCUGCUGGCCGUGGGGAAACCUCAGAGCUGCAACGUUUAGCGUGUUAGCGGUCCAAGCACCAACAGAGUUUGAGUUUUAUGGUUCUAAUAAUUCUCUGACUUUUAUUUUUAAUUUCAGUACAGUUAACAAUAGAUCCUCUGAUUUAGUAUGCGAUUAAGUCAUGUUGUCCUCACAUUUUGUCUCAGGAUUACGUUCUUUAAAUUUGACAAAUCUUGGUGUCUACAUCAAUUUGGUUGUAAUUGAACAACAAGUGGCAUUUUAACAUUUAAAGGUGCUCUAAGUGAAAUCUGCAUUUGGCUAACUUUCUGACUUACAGUUAGCAGUUCCCUCCCUCCUCCCACAUGACCACACAAAAUUUCUGCUACCUGCCCUUAAGGACCGCGUCUUUGUGGAGUUCUCUCCUGAUUGGAUAAAGUGGGACCAUGAUACCAUAAACUGUAUUCCGCUUACUGCAGAAAGGAGGGACCGGGAGACCCGUGUUAGUGACUGAACACUAUAUCAGUGAUGGCUGUCAGAUUUUAGAGCUAUUUAACACCUAUUAGCACCUUUAAUUAUAAUAUUUAAGGUCCUGGUCACCAGUGGAUUCUCAAAAUGGCACUAAAUUUGGUAUGCACAUCCUGUAUAUACAAUUACACAAUAGCUUGCACAACCUCCAGUAUUGUAAUACCAAACUCAAGCAAAUCUAUAUUUUUUUUUAAAUAAAGCUGUAUCAGAACUCUCUAUGGUGCCACAACACCAUGAAGUUAUCUAAAACAGGCUCCGAUUGCCCAGGGACAGUGUGCCUUCGAUCCCAAGUUGCUCUGGGUGCUUGGACCGCAGUGUUCUUCCUUUGCGAGUUUAGAUUUCAUUGUGAGGUCGGCUGAUCCUUUGCUGUAUUAUUUUAAAAACAAAAUGGAGCUCAGCUGGAAAGCCAUUUGUUGGAUUUUUAAACAAACAUGUUGCAGAUGUGAGGUUUUUCCCCUGGCAGUAGUGAUAUUUCUGUGAAUGAACCUAUACUUGAAGCAUCAGAAAGAGAUUUUAUGAGAGCUUUAGAGAAGCAUUAGGAACGAAUACUGAAGAGUUUAACAGUAUAUAUAACUGGCACAGAGUGUACAUAGUUAUUUGCUUUAUGACCUUAAAAUGUAAAUGUACAUGUGAAUGAUAUUCUAGUUUGUAUAUACUGUAAGUGAAAUGUGGGAUUGCCUUGGUUAUUGUGGUUGAUAUGGAGGUUUUCCUUCAGUGUUCAGUCCUGUGUAGCUUAAUGGCACCAACACAGUCCGGGUUGGGGGUUCAGUUCCUGUGCAGACCAUCAGUCAUUCUGCUUUUGGUUUUUUGGGUUUGUUCAGAUUAGACUAUGAAUCAAACAAUAAUCCCUCGUGUUUCCUGCAUUCACACCUGAGUAUGUUUACAUGCACACUGGUAUCCUGAUAGAGAAACUGGUUAUUUGUAUCCUUGUAACUCGUCUACUCUUUUUUAUAACAUUUGAAAGGUGCUAGAUCAGAUCAACUUAUCUGCAGUUUGUUCUUGUACAAACUUUAACAGAUCUGCAUUUCAAUGAUUUCUCUAAUCUAGUCUGUUUUUGCUCUUUCAUUAACUAAAGCCUGCAGUUUCUUUUCAUUAUCAUGACGAGGACAGCUGUUUUUGCUGCUGUUGUCGUUUAAGAUCGAAUGCUUUUUCACCAGUUGAAAUAACCAAAAUCACAUCAUUUAGGCUCCUGAAAACCAGGGUGAGUGAUAAUCCAGGUUUGUGUAACCAGGAUUUGAUGUCUGUAUGAGGCUUUGUAUACUCAAAAUCCCAGAUCAUAAGUAGGAUAUUAGUGUGAAUGUGAACACUCUAGUUCAGCAGAAACUGAAACUGACUCAACAGUGUAAAUAUUGCACAUGGACUGGAUGUAUGUAUAUGUGAAGAAAUGAAAUGUACAUGGGAUUUCACUGUAAAUACACUUUGUCUGUUGUCUUGUCUGGAAGUGUACCAGCCAGUUGUUGGUUAUUGGAAAUUAA